GAAUAGAAGCCGCCGUCUAGAAGGGAAGAGUUGGACAGGCAGGGAGCCACUGAUCAAUUGGGUCGGAUGGGGUCAUGGGGUCGGAUCAAGUGAUUUUUAUUCAAUCAUAUUAUUGGCGUUCAACUCAUUCACACUUUGCUCCCAGCUCAUGAUGGUCAACUGGACUCCGAGCAUUAAUUCCUGCACUUCAGAAAGACAAUUCCCCACGCUUCUUCUCCGAAGAAUCUUUAGUUACGACUGUUCUGCAUAUCCUAUUGAUCACGACACAAUAAGCUAGUAAGCUCUGUUUUUAAUGCCGAAUCUUGCAAAUUUUCGUUCUUGUUCCUCUCUCUCUCUCUCUCCAUAAAUUUUGGAUAUUCUAUAAAUUCCUCUCAGACCCAAGAGAUUGAGUAAUGUGGGGAUCUGGUCUUCUGGGUCUCCGCCAUCAGCCGAUUUUUGACAUCUACACUCGGUCCCAAAUCUUAAUUUGCUCUGUAUGUAAGCCAUCUGCUGGGGAUAUUCUUGUUCUUGAACUCAGUGCGGCUCAAAGCUUUAAACUUAGCUCAUAUUCUCCCCAAACCCAGAUGAUUUCGUGACACUUGCUCAUAAAUCCGUCGCAGGCCCAGAUAUCUUUCGUGAUUUUUGUCACCUGGGCAGUGCUUGUUUCAGCAUUUCUUGAUUGGUCAGAUCCAUGGGUCGCUCUCGCUCGCAUUCUCAUUGUCAUUCCUCUGUCUUUGGCCUCUGCUUCUUGUUCCUCCUCCUGUCGGAUUGCUUCUGCUUGUCUUCCUCCUCGGGAGCUCAAGAGAGCGACAGGAUCACUGAGUUGCCCGGCCAGCCCAGGAAUGUGGGCUUUGCUCAGUACUCGGGCUACGUGACCGUGAACCAACAGGCCGGGAGGGCGCUGUUCUACUGGCUGGUGGAGUCGCCGGUGAGCCGCGGUCCCGCGUCGAGACCCCUCGUGCUGUGGCUCAAUGGGGGCCCGGGUUGCUCGUCUGUUGCGUAUGGAGCAGCCGAGGAGAUUGGCCCAUUUCGAAUUAGGUCCUACGGGAAGACACUCUACUCGAAUCCUUAUGCUUGGAAUAACUUAGCAAACAUCCUGUUCCUUGAAUCUCCGGCAGGUGUCGGUUUCUCAUAUACAAACACAACCUCGGAUUUGUACACUGCGGGCGAUAACAGAACGGCUGAAGACGCAUACAUAUUCCUGGUAAACUGGUUCGAGAGGUUUCCUCAGUACAAGCACAGAGACUUUUACAUUACUGGAGAGAGUUAUGCAGGACAUUAUGUUCCUCAGCUGUCUCAAAUUGUUUAUGAGAGAAACAAAGGGAUUAAGAACCCGGCUAUCAAUUUCAAAGGUUUCAUGGUGGGAAAUGCUGUUACUGAUGAUUACCAUGACUACAUCGGCACUUUCGAGUACUGGUGGACCCACGGGUUGAUCUCCGACUCAACCUAUAAAGCUCUCCGGGUUGCUUGCGAUUCAGGCUCCUCUCAGCAUCCUUCGAUAGACUGCAUGAAGGCCCUUACCAUCGCUGAGGCCGAGCAGGGGAAUAUUGACCCCUACAGCAUCUUCACUCGGCCUUGCAACAGCACCGGCUCACUGAAGCAAAACUUAAGGGGUCACUAUCCGUGGAUGUCCAGAGCCUAUGAUCCCUGCACCGAGAGGUACUCUCAGAGUUACUUCAACUUGCCUGAAGUUCAGAAGGCACUACAUGCAAAUGUUACCGGGAUUCCAUACCCAUGGAAAACAUGCAGCGAUAUAGUAGGUAACUACUGGGCAGAUUCUCCGCUCUCGAUGCUUCCCAUCUACAAAGAACUCAUAGCUGCAGGCCUCAGAGUAUGGGUCUUCAGUGGCGACACUGAUGCUGUAGUUCCCCUUACUGCAAGUCGAUACUCCAUCGAUGCCCUGAAGCUUCCGACUCUAACCAACUGGUAUCCUUGGUAUGACAAUGGAAAGGUUGGUGGAUGGAGCCAAAUAUACAAGGGGCUGACCUUCGUGACAGUGACAGGGGCAGGGCACGAGGUCCCACUCCAUCGACCUCGGCAAGCAUUCAUUCUAUUCCGAUCAUUCUUGGCGAAUAAGCCGAUGCCAAGCUAAACAAAAAGAGCAAAUUCACAUCCAGUUCACUACUCGCAAAUAACAAAUUUUUUUACGAAAUUCUUUAAAGUAUAGGCUGAGGAGAAACGCCGAAUAAUAGGUGCACUCUGCUCGAGUGCCCGGCUCAUUCUUGCCUGCUUAAACACCAUUAUAGUCUUCAUAGUUCAUAGGGGAAUUGUUCAUAGCUGAGCGUCGAGUUGUAGCUUGGAAUGUAUUCUUUGUAUCGCUUACGAUUAAUGAAAAAGGUCAUGAAAUUUCCUCUGCAA